CAAUCAGAGCUACAGGCGCCUCUAGCGCCACCAAUCAUGGUACAGGAGAUCGCAGAGCCCCAACCAAUCACAGUACAGCGAGCCCUUAGUCUCCGCCCUUUCUAACGUACUUCCGGCCCCCAGGCCCCUCCCCCUCGGUCCGCAGCCACUUCUGUGGUGGGUGGGACCAUUGUGAGAUCGGGUCCCGCGGGCGGGGCCGCGGCUGUGACGCAGAAGAGGGGCGGGACCGAAGGGAGACGGACGCAGCCGAGUCAAGUGGGGCUGCCGGUGCCGGGUUGGCGGGGACACCCGGCGACAGAGCGGAGAGGCCACCCAUGCGUCCUGGCUGAGGGACGUCCCCAUGUGCCGGAGCCGCCGGAGACCAGGUGCCCGUGGGCCGUGAGACCCCCUGGCAUGGCACAGGUCCUGCCACUCCUGCUGCUGCUGCUGGGCUGCUGGGCCCAGCCGGCCAGGGGGCAGCAGGCUGGCAGGUACCUGAGCAUGGGCGAUGGCAGCACCCUGGAGUUCGACUUCCCCGAGAGGAGCCGGGGCAUCAUGGUGGUGUCCAGCCGCUACCCGGGCACCAACAGGACGGCAGGUGGGACCCAGCUUAGCGCUGCCUCACUUGCGCCCACCGUGCUGACAGUGGAGAACGUCAGCACCCUGUGCUGCGGGGCGGGGGGCUUUGUGGUGGCCAUCCGCUCGGGCCCGGCUGGCCUGGCACCGCUCCGGCUGCGCCUGCUGGACCAGCACCGACUGGUGGAGGAGCGGGGCGAGUUCCGGGUGCGGGUGCUGCCGGGCGAGGAGCCGGAGCACCCAGGGCUGGGCCACUUCUCGGAGAACCCGCUGCUCUACGCCCUCCUGCCCCUCAUCUUCGUCAACAAGUGCGCCUUCGGCUGCAAGGUGGAGCUGGAGGCACUACGGGGCCUGGCGCGCCAGCCCCACCCCGUCCUCCUGGGCAUCCUGGGCCAGUUCGUUGCCAUGCCCCUGUACGGCUACCUCAUGUCACUGGCCUUCGCCCUGCCCAAGGCGUUGGCGCUAGGGCUGGUCGUCACCUGCUCCUCGCCGGGCGGGGGUGGCGGGUACCUCUACAGCCUGCUGCUGGGCGGGGACGUCACCCUGGCCAUCUCCAUGACGCUGCUGUCCACGGUGGCGGCUGCUGGGCUGAUGCCGCUCUCCUCAGCACUCUACGGGCGGCUGCUGAGCGCCCACCAGAGCCUGCACGUGCCCUUCGCCAAGAUCCUGGCCACGCUGCUCUUCAUCGCGGUACCCAUCUCGGCCGGCCUGCUGGUGAAGUGCAAGCUGCCCCGGGUCGCCCGCCUGCUGCUGCUGCUGAUCAAGCCCUUCAGCUUUGCCCUCAUCCUGGGCGGGCUCUUCAUGGCCUACCACAUGGGGGCCUUCAUUCUGGCAGAUGUGCGGCCCCCGGUGGUGCUGGCUGGGCUGAGUGUGCCCCUCUUUGGCCUCCUGCUGGGCUACCUCCUGGCCGCCUGCCUUCGGCUGCCGGGCCCACACCGCCGGACGGUUAGCAUCGAAGUGGGAGUGCAGAACAGCCUGCUGGCCCUGGCGGUCCUGCAGCUCUCCUUCCACCGCCGGCAGGCCGACUACGCCUCCCAGGCCCCCUUCGUGGUGGCGCUGAGCAGCACGGCUGAGAUGCUGCUGCUGGUGCUGGGUCAUCUUCUCUAUAAGAAGCUGUGGCCGCCAGCCAGCCCCUGAGCACCCCCUGCUGGAGGCAGCUGCAAACGGGGCUGUGCUUCCCUCCUUGCUGGGGGGCAGAGAUGGGAGAAUUCAGGGACCUGCUGUAGAAGGGCCUCUGGGCCUAGGGCCCUUCCCUGCGGGGACAAUUGGAAACCAAAACCUUCCCAUUGGGCCCCCAAACACCCAGCCUUAUUUUUAUACGAUGUAUUUUCUAUGCUGCUGGCGGUGGCCCCCCAGGGUGUGGGGCCUGGGCUGUUUACAGGAGGGGGGAGCAUCCCCCCUCCCACAAGGGUGAGGGUUCGAAUAAAGGAAAGAGAGCAACACA